GGAACCUGUGUUUAUAGAGUUUUUUUCCGGACGGUGCGUAUAACGCGGUUACACAAGUCGAUAUAUGUGGAUUACUGUGAUGCUGUGAAAUAUUGACACGCCCAGAUUGUUUUUCCUGGCCAAUGGGCUGACAGCGUGGGCGGAGCAAGAUGUUGAGUGACAUUCCUCGAGACGCCCUCCUCCGCCCUCUCACCCGGAAUGAGGUGGUGGGGAUGUUGGUGAGACUCACCAUCUUUGGAGCCGCAACAUAUUACAGCAUCAAAUGGGUGGUGGAUGCCUUCGAUCCGACACAAAAACAAAAAUCCCAAGCCAAGAAGCGGGCUGAGCGGCUGAUGAAGCAGAUAGGCGUAGAGGGUGUCAGUCUGACCGAGUAUGAAAUGAACAUCGCAACUCAUCUCGUCGAUCCUCGCAGCAUCAAAGUGACCUGGAGAGAUGUUGCUGGACUAGAUGAGAUCAUCUCAGAGCUGCAAGACACUGUGAUCUUGCCUUUCCAGAAACGUCACCUGUUUGGUGGAUCCAAACUCUUGCAACCUCCCAAAGGUGUACUAUUGUAUGGGCCACCGGGAUGUGGAAAGACUUUAAUUGCCAAAGCAACAGCGAAAGCAUCUGGAUGCCGCUUUAUUAAUCUCCAGGCCUCCACUUUGACUGACAAGUGGUACGGCGAAUCACAGAAGCUGACUGCUGCUGUGUUCUCACUGGCCGUUAAGAUUCAGCCCUGCAUCAUUUUCAUUGAUGAAAUAGAUUCAUUCCUGAGGACUCGUUCCAGUAUGGACCAUGAGGCCACCGCUAUGAUGAAAGCCCAGUUCAUGAGUCUGUGGGAUGGACUAGACACAAACUCAAGCAGCCAGGUAAUGGUGAUGGGGGCCACUAACAGACCACAGGAUGUGGACGCAGCAAUACUGCGCAGAAUGCCUACAACCUUUCACGUAGGCCUGCCUAAUGCAGCUCAAAGAGAAGAAAUCCUUAGACUCAUUCUGUCUGGAGAAAAUUUAAGUAACGCGAUUAACCUGAAGGAAAUAGCGGGUCAAACCGAGGGGUACUCCGGCAGUGAUCUGAAAGAGCUGUGCAGAGACGCCGCCAUGUACCGCGUUCGAGACUAUGUCCGCAAGCAGCAGAUGAAACAGAUCGCACAGCAGUUCCAGCUGGAUGAAGACGAGCAUGUGGACAGCACGCAGCUGAGGCCCGUGACUCAACUGGACCUGCUGUUUGGCCUAGAUAAGAUGAGCGAGUCCAAACAGGCCACAGCUAUAGCUGACCCAGCAAAUCUGAGAGAGGUGCCUCUGGACUGAAAACCUCUCGCUUUACACUCUCAUACACUCGUUUUCUCUCUCUCACACUUUUUUCUUUCUGCCUCGUCUUUUCCCUUUCCUUUUUAAAUUCUCCAUCUUUCAUAUUUCUGUUACAUCUCAAACCUUAGAAUUUGCACUAUAAUGAAUUUCAGUCAGAUACUCGAGACAGUAACUAUGUGCAUAUUUAUAAUAAUAAUAAUAGACACACUAAAUGGAGUUUCCUUAGUCUUCCGUAUUAAAUUAUUGUUUUAAUUAUCUCUGCCAUGUCAUCUGUUGUGUGCAUAUUGUUCAGAAGCGAAUGUCGAACCACUUUUUUGGUAAAGAGAGAGAGGAAUAUGAACUUUGCUAUGUCUGUAAAUGUUUUAGUAACCAGGACCAGGUUUCCUGAAACACUGAGUUUUAUCUAAUUGUCUUAUUAGGAUGCAUGAGUGUUACUCUGAAGUUAAACUGAAUGGUGCAUGUGUGACCUUCGUCAACACCAGUUUAGCCAUGAUAAAAAUCAUUUGUGUCAGGAGCAUGUCUGGGUCAUAUUCAACCCAAAAUCAAAAGAAAAAAAAAAUAUGCAUAAAAAAUGAGGCCAUA